AUGAGCGAGAGUCUCAAAAAGCAUGUUGUGGUCAGAGUAGGAGAUGGGAAGUCAACAUCCCUUUGGCAUGAUACGUGGCACCCCCUUCGCCCCUUGCAUGAUAUUAUUGCUUCUAGAAUUGUUUAUGAAUCUAGAUUGAGCCAUCAAGCCAAGGUGAGUGACGUUGUUGUGGAGGGGCAGUGGACGUGGCCGACAACUAUCCAGAAGGCUUUCCCCCAGGUUGUUAACCAAGCCGCAAUUAUUCCUUCAAACCUGCCUCAAGAUGUGGUUGUAUGGAGAUCUUCAGAUGAUAGGAAUGUGAGGUUCUAUUCUCGGCAGGCUUGGCUUGACAUUGCGCCUGCUAGUAAUUCGGUUCCAUGGAGUUCAAUUGUGUGCAUUGGCACAUCCAUUCCAAGGCAUUCAUUUAUCCUUUGGCUAGCAAUUCGGCAAAAGCUUCUUACCCAAGAUAAAAUGCAAUUCUAA